CCGGGCUGCCAAGCUGCCACUCAGUGCCCGGCCGCCGUGGGGAAGCAGGCGUGGGCCCGCUGCACCUGCUCGGGUGCGAGAUUAGAAGAGGAGUCAUGUCAGAAGAAACAGUUAAGGAAUCACAGUUUUCCUUGAAGACAGCGGCACUAAGAGUGUUUGAUCUUCCUUUGUCUUGGUAUUAUUCUCUCUCCCAGAUUAAAUUUUCCCCAGUAGCUAGAAAAUUGUUUGUGGUAACUGCAGUGAGUGCCGUAUCUGUAAUUUUUCUGGCCCAUCACUUUAAAAGAAGACGUGGAAAAAAGAAAGGAAAAAUAUUGCCAUGGGAACCAGAACACCUACUACUUGAAUACACUAAAAGAUCAGCAUCAGAGAAAGGUUCAAGUUGUUCCAGUAGUAGACAGAAUUUGACAUUAUCUUUAAGUUCUGCCAAAGAUAAAGGAUCUCAGUCUUACAACAAUGUUAAUGGAGGACUUUUCAGUAAAUACUCAGGUUCUGCACAGAGUUUGGCCUCUGUGCAAAGUGUCAAUUCAUGUCAUAGCUGUGCUUGCGGCAAUUCUAAUUCCUGGGACAAAGCAGAUGAAGAUGAUAUUAAACUUGUUAAUAUUCCUGUGACCACUCCUGAGAACUUAUACUUGAUGGGCAUGGAAUUGUUUGAAGAGGCAUUGCGUCGAUGGGAGCAAGCUCUAACCUUUCGAAAUAGACAGGCUGAAGAUGAAGCCUGUGGUUCCAUUAAACUGGGUGCGGGAGAUGCCAUUGCUGAAGAAAGUGUUGAUGAUAUUAUUAGUACAGAAUUUAUCCAUAAACUUGAAGCACUGCUGCAAAGAGCAUAUCGUCUUCAAGAGGAGUUUGAAGCUACUCUGGGGGCAUCUGAUCCAAAUUCCCUUGCUAAUGAUAUUGAUAAAGAUACAGAUAUCACCACGAAGGGGAAUGUGGAUGACUUUGGCCUACGAGACACUUUGAGCAUCGCAUCAACUGACUCCUUUGCUUCAGCAGCAGAGCUUGCAGAGCACAGAGAAGUGCGGCAUACCUACAGUCUGGAGUCUCUUUGCCAUUGCCCCUUUUAUGAAGAAGCCAUGCACUUAGUGGAAGAAGGAAAAAUUUACUCGAGAGUGCUUAGAACUGAAAUGUUGGAGUGCCUAGGAGACAGUGAUUUUCUUGCCAAACUUCACUGUAUUCGACAGGCUUUUCAGGUAAUUCUUUCAGAAACAGCCAACAGAAUAUUCCUUGCUGAGAGUGGAAGGAAAAUUCUAUCAGCAUUAAUUGUGAAAGCAAGAAAGAAUCCAAAGAAGUUUGAAGAUGUUUUUGAUGAGAUGAUCUAUUUUUUGGAGCAGACAGAUCACUGGGAUAGUACUGAAAUGGAACUUGCUGCUAGAGGAGUGAAAAAUCUAAAUUUUUAUGAUGUUGUUCUGGAUUUUAUAUUAAUGGAUUCCUUUGAAGAUUUAGAAAACCCACCUACAUCCAUACAGAAUGUAGUAAAUAACCGCUGGCUAAACUCCUCUUUCAAAGAAACUGCUGUGGCUUCAAGUUGUUGGUCAGUGCUGAAACAGAAAAGGCAACAGAUGAAGAUCCCAGAUGGAUUUUUUGCCCACUUUUAUGCCAUCUGUGAGCACAUCAGCCCCGUCCUAGCCUGGGGCUUUCUGGGUCCUAGAAAUUCUCUGUAUGAUUUAUGUUGCUUCUUUAAGAAUCAAGUUCUCUUCUUUCUCAAAGACAUUUUUGACUUCGAGAAGGUGCGCUAUUCGAGUAUAGAGGCUUUGACUGAAGAUCUCAUGCAGUUACUCAUUCGUCGCACUGAACUUUUAAUGGCCUAUCUUGGAGCUGAUGCACUGAGGCAUACAAGUAGUUGUAUAAGUAGUCAUGGUCAUGUUAUGUCCAGUGGCCUAGUGGAAGCCAAAGUACAAUAAGUACCGUUAGAAUCAUAUAAUUUGAAUGUGCUAUGAAAUAUUUUAAGCUAACUUGAUUUUGUAACAUGUUACAAAAUCUAUAGAAUUGGUGUUAAUGGACUCAGGGGGGUGGGAAAAAUCUAGUAAAGAAUAAGGGACUUUACUAUACUUACACAGAAGUUCUUUCAUGGAUUCCCUGUGUAGUGUUUCCAAAGCGACUUUUUACAAUGGUUAGGUAAUGAUUUAAGUGGUGAAAUGUGGGUUUUACAGAAAUACUGCUUGAUUUGAAGCCAGUGCUUGGGAAUUAAAUUGAGUCAUUGUCUUGAAGCAAUGUGAAAUGUCCGAUAUCAUUCUCAAAAACUCUGUUAUAAAAACAGCUUUGCACCUUGAAAAUGUACACUUUAGCAAAGACCUUUGUGGCUCACUCAUGCAAGAAUAUAUUACCCAUAGUGUCAACAAACUUAACGUUGCCUGAAAAUUUAUUUUUAAUUAUAGUUAUUCAUUUGUUUGAUCAAGUUUAGGUGGUAGUGGUGUUUUAUAUGUAAUGCUUACUUUAUUGCUUGUGUAUUUGAAUCAAAGAUAUUGUAAUGGCUCAGUAUAGUUAAAAAACAUUUAAAUGAAUUGACACUGAGAAGUUUACAAGUUACAAGUUUACAUUAGAUUUGCUGCAGUUUCCAAAAUAUGUUGCUAUUGGUCCUAUAAGUUACAAUAGAGACACUCAAAACAUCUUUUUUUUAUAGAUUAGAACAUUUUUCCCUUUACUGAAUAUCAAUUUUAAAAAUAAGUUAUUAACUAUGACAGGCCAUUAAAUUUUUUUCCUGUGUAAUUUUGGGACUGUUGCCCAACAUCUGAAGAUAUUAAUCUUAGUAGAAUAAAAUCAUUUCUCCUUUUUCCUUCUGCAAAACUGGCUUUUACUUAUUCACACAGAUAACUUAGCAUACUGGAAAUUUUGUCACAUUAAGCCCAUAUUUUUAAAAUAUUCAUACUUUGAAUCUUACUGAAAUUUUAAAGGUUUUUUCCUCUGAAUAUAAAGCAAGAUAUUUUUUAAUGGUAUGGGAGUAUAUUUCACGUCCUUGAUGGCAAUUGUAUGAACAAAAGAGUUGUUCAUUUGCGUGAGGUUAUUCAGAGUAUAUUGGAUAUUUUCAGAGUUGUAUUAAUUUUGUGUCCAAAUCAUAUAACAUUUAUUUGGAGUGACCGACUCAGUCUAUCAAUAAUAGGUUGGACUUGUUGAUUGUGUUCCUAAAGUGGGCUGUAUUUGUUCCAGGAGGGAGUUUACCCAGAAGGAGCUGUAUUUUUAAAAAAUGCAUUUUGGGAUUAAAGUGCCUAGUUGCUGAUUUAUGAAUAGAAAGUGAAAAAUGGGGAGGAAAGAAGCAUAAUGUUUGAAAUUUAUGUAUGUGCCACAUUUAUGUAAUAGUUACAAAAUAUGAGAUUCAGAAUCUAUGUGUUGUUUACAUGCACUGUGUUCCAUAAUCUAUAGGUUAUAGCAUUAAACAGUAUGAAGUAUUACACUAGUAGGUUUUGCAUAUGUAACUCCUUGAUUUUUCUUAUAUAUAUUCUUAAUUUAACAAUUGACUAUUCAUAGUUCUAAUUAUUGAUGGAGAAGUAUCAUUAGAAGUAUCAGAGCUAAGAAAUCCUUUAUGUAAUGUUUUACUUUUUAUUUUAUAUCUGUGUUUGGGUUUUUUUUAGCAUCUUUUUGAGGUACACUGGCUUGAAUAAUUCACACACAUGCACACAUAUGCACAUACACAUACACACACAUGCCAUUACCAUGUAGGCAAGACAGUUAUUGCUUAUAUUUUCCUGUUUGGGGGGCUCAAUGUUUUAAGCUAUAGUUUUAUAAACAAAGCUUAAGUAAGCUUAAUUACUUUUUUAUUUAAGGAAGAUAUUGUUUGAAUCUAUUUUUGAAGAAUUACACUAUUUAAUAAUGCUGCUACUACAUAAGAUAUCUCUGGGGGAUUUCUUCAGGCAAGAUGAAUGGCUUUUCAGAAGAUUUUUUUUCUCUUUUACAUUUCACCGUAAGUGAAAAAAAGCUGCUUAUAUUCUAGAGGUUGGUUUGUCAAAAUCAGUGCUUGAGUUUCAUAAGUUUCUGGUUAUUUCAGUAACUACUACUUAAGCAAGAAUCUUUCUUUGUGGCCUUUGACAAAAGAGACAAGAAUGAUAAAAUAGAACUGCAGGGCAAUAAACAUGGGAAAAAACCUUUCUAUUGUAAAGGAAAAUCCUUGACCUUUUUAAAAAAAAAAUCUCUUAAAAAUGUUUCUGACCAUAAAAAGUACUUAAGACAUGUACCAGUUUUACUUUUUGUUGAAUUCAGUUGAAUAGCUAAUGCAGUGUUUUUAAAAAUAUAUAUUAAUCUACUCUAGAACUUUAUAGAAUAAAUCCCUAACACUUACCAUGAUUGCUAUUGUCACUUGAAUCCUACCAUCCACUUCCCUAAGGAAAUUUAAGAGGACCUUGAAUUAGUCUUGAGAAAUUACUUUUUUCCUAGUUUUCUGAGGAAAAAAAUAUUUCAGGUGGUUUAUAUUUGGUAAUUAUUUUUUCUACUUUGGUUUCUCUACCUUUUUGAUCAGAUAAAAGGCCCAUUAUUUCUUUUCUACGGCUAACAAUUAAAUGUCAAAUAGGAGAUUAAUUAUUAAUUAGAGAGUAAUUAAAUAUCAGAGAUUAUCUUUUAAGAAAGAAGCCACUUUUUCAUACUGCUAAUAGUUAGCUUCAAAGAAUUUUCUUUCUCAUAAAGUUAUACUCUUUAUUCAUAUACAUUUACUAUGAUACUAUUAAUUUGUUGAACUGAAUUUACAAAAAAUAUUUACAAACGUUUUCUUGCCUUAAAAUAUAGAAUCUUCUAUUUAAAUUAUCAAAGGAGUGAUUAUUUCCAUUAUAAAAGAAUUCUUUAUCAUUCCUUUAAACCUAUGAAAUAGGAAUGCCAAAGUAACAUUGCAUAUACUUCUCUGUGACCUUUCAUAAUCAGGAAUUUUAAAUUAUGUUAAUAACAUAAUUUACAUUUAAUGUAAACACAUAUUAGGAAAUUAUUUCGAAUAUACAUUUAAAGUGAUUAUAAGAAUUAAACUAAUACAAAUCUUUUGGGUUUUUGCUUGGAUUAAUCAAAUUUAGAAAUAUCUCUGUAUGUGAGACUUAAGAAUUUGUAUAAUCUGUGAUUAAUAGAAAUAAGGAAAUGUUUUCAUUGUUCCUAAUGAUUAUGUUUUUACCUUGCUUAGUUUGAGAACCACCAUGUAUUAGCUUUACUUGACUGUUAUCACUAGACAUGUCUUACUUCCUAAACGUAAGAAUUGCAUUCAUUUAUGUAAAAGUUAAACACUACCAUAGCAGGAAACAAAAAUCAGUUUAUCCAAAAUAAACACUGUAACAUGGAUGUAUUCUAGUAUUGCCAAAUAAAAAAGUGAUGGUAUACUUGCUAUUGUAUUGAAUAUUUUACACAACGCAGUAUGUUUAGGGUCAUACUUGCCUCAUCAAACAUUACUCUAUGAAAACUUUCAGUCUCCAUAAGACUGUAUAUAUAGACCUAAUAAACAAAACUGCAGAAGCACUGAG